CGACAUUCACCAUCAAAUUUCCUCACUGAAUCCUUUUUCGCUCCAACAUCAACGACAACCCGGGAGCGAGUUGCUGUCUUUUGGUCAGGCAGCUCCUAACCGCUGAUUCAGGCCGAGCAUUGUGUUGGUUCUGUGUCUCUCCAUUUCAAGUCGUCGAUAAUUCUUGUUGUUUGCCAUAAACAGCAGCAUCAUGACAAACAUCAACGUCAACAGGUCUUUGAACGACCAGUUCUAUCGAUACAAGAUGCCGAAACUCAUCGCCAAAGUCGAAGGCAAGGGUAACGGUAUCAAAACCGUUAUUGUCAAUAUGACCGACAUCGCCAAGGCCUUGAGCAGGCCUCCAGCCUACCCCACCAAAUACUUCGGCUGCGAACUUGGUUCUCAAACGCAUUGCGACGCCAAAAGCGACCGAUUCAUCGUCAAUGGUCAACACGACGCUAAUAAACUGCAGGAGAUUCUCGACGGUUUUAUCAAGAGAUACGUUCUCUGCGCUUCGUGCGACAAUCCCGAGACCGUAUUGACCGUUUUGCAGAAGAGGGGAAUCAUCACCACAGCAUGCAAAGCCUGCGGUCACUCCGGACAGCUGGAAACCAACCAUAAGCUAAAUACUUUCAUCCUCAAGAACCCCCCGGAGGGAACCAACGUCAAGGCCAAGGAUGCCAAGACUCCGAAGAAGGACAAGAAGAAAAAAGACGACGCCUCGCCCAACAACUCGGCUGAGGAGAAUGACGCCGGUGACAUCAAACACGCGGACGCUCUGAACGAUGCCGAUUUCGGAGACGACUUCGAUGAAGAUUGGAUCGAGGAUACCUCCACCGAAGCUAUGAAGAGGAGAAUGCAGGAGCUCAGCGUGGGCGCUAAGUCCCUCAUGUUGGACGCUGAUACUGAUAAGAGCGAGGAAGAGAGGAGCACGAUCUUCUUCAAGUUUGUUAAGGAUAGAAUGCCCAUAACCUCGGAACAGUAUAAGGCCAUCUUGGCCGAAGCCUCCCGAUUAGAGAUCAAAGACAAGGCAUCGAUGAUCCUCUGCGAGCUCAUUCUCAACAACGACGCCGUCAAACUGAUCAAAGCUCAUGCUCAGCUGUUCGUCCAGUUUUCACGCGACAAUAGACGUGCUCAGAAAUAUUUGCUAGGAGCCAUUGAACAAUCCAUCAAGCUCCACAAGGACACUUUAUUGCCCAAGACCGCCAUUAUAUUGAAGACUCUCUACGACUUCGAUAUAGUCGAUGAAGAAUCCCUCAUCGAGUGGUCGAAAAAGGUGAGCAAACGAUUCGUGGGUAAGGACUUCGCCCAGCUCAUCCACAACGAGGCCCAACCCUUCAUCGAUUGGCUUCAGAACGCGGAAGAGGAAAGCGAGGACGAGGACUCCGGUGAAGAUGCUGUGGAGAUAGAGUACGAUGACCGUCACACAGCUGAAGGCCUGCGUGAAGUGAAGGAGACAACUCCGAAACCAAACGGGAACACUGUUAACAACAACGGAAAAGCCCCACCAGCCGACGAGGAUGACGGAGACGAUCUCGAUAUCGAUGAUAUAUGAGCACGAGGCUCGUCGGCUUCGUAUCGAGGUCCCCCUCGAUCCCGCCCCACUUAUUUCUUAUUGUUUGCUUGUUCCGCGUUAGUUCUUUCUCCUACCUGAUUCGUCGCCCUCCCGAAGGAAUCGCCUAGCGAGAAUUUAUUUCCUAAGUCCCGAAAUUCUCCGACGUUAUUCUGAUUUUGCCUCGAGAAAGAGUUUCUGUCCAAAGCGUGUGUUUUAUCGAUCGAGAACGCUCGAAUUCCCAAACCAGUUCGGGUUCCGUUUUCCGCUCUCGUAUCGCGGUAUCAUCCUGCUCUAAAAUAUGUCCCAUUCUGUUUCCAUUCUUAGAUGUAAUGUUACCAAGCUGUAGACGUCUCGAUGGGGCUGCAUUCCGACCAGUUUAAGCUGGAUAGAAGAAUUGAUAGAAAUUCAUUAAGAUCAAGCGCACGAGCCUCGCGCCGCUUGAGGCUGCCUCUCUGAUCAAAGUGGCUCGAGCUCGUUGCUCGUCGCGCCUCCGAAAUCGAGCUGAAUGGAUUAGGACGCGGAGAGGAGUUUCGUAAGCCUGCAGUUCGAUGCUCGGUCGAUGAAGAGGAGCAUUCGGAACACGUAGACUGAUGCUGUGUGUCAGUAAUAUGUCUUCUCCGCAGCUGCUGUGUCGGGAGAUGUUGCCGAUCUCCAAGAUCUACAAAAAUCGCGAAUUCUUCCUUAUGAAUUGAAGGAGAUACUGUCGAACG